AUGGAAGAAGCAAAAAGCCAAAGUUUGGAGGAAGACUUUGAAGGACAGGCCUCACACACAGGACCCAAAGGAGUAAUAAAUGAUUGGAGAAAGUUUAAAUUGGAGAGUGAAGAUAGUGAUUCAGUUGCACCUAGCAAGAAGGAGAUUCUCAGACAAAUGUCUUCUCCUCAGAAUAGAGAUGACAAAGACUCAAAAGAAAGAUUCAGCAGAAAGAUGAGCGUUCAAGAAUAUGAACUAAUCCACAAAGAUAAAGAAGAUGAAAACUGCCUUCGUAAAUACCGCAGACAGUGUAUGCAGGAUAUGCACCAGAAGCUGAGUUUUGGGCCUAGAUAUGGGUUUGUGUAUGAGCUGGAAUCUGGGGAGCAAUUCCUGGAAACCAUUGAAAAGGAACAGAAAAUCACCACUAUCGUUGUUCAUAUUUAUGAAGAUGGUGUUAAGGGCUGUGAUGCUCUAAACAGUAGCUUAACAUGCCUUGCAGCCGAAUACCCUAUGGUCAAGUUUUGUAAAAUAAAGGCUUCUAACACAGGCGCCGGAGACCGCUUUUCCUCAGAUGUACUCCCCACGCUGCUUGUCUACAAAGGUGGGGAACUCCUAAGCAAUUUCAUUAGUGUUACUGAACAGCUUGCUGAAGAAUUUUUUACUGGGGAUGUGGAGUCUUUCCUAAAUGAAUAUGGGUUAUUACCUGAGAAGGAGAUGCAUGUCCUAGAGCAGAGCAACAUGGAAGAAGAUAUGGAAUAAAGAUUCACUAUGUCAAUGUCUCAUAUUUCGUAUUCCUCCUUUAAGCAUUGAAUAGUGAUUUUGGUAGUAUUCACAUUCUUUUAGGGAAUACCAAACAUAGCCCUGGCUUCUCUAAUUUGAGGAAGAAAAACUCCAGACUGACACUAAAAUUAUAUGAUUAGCAUGUCUUAAUAUUAGUUACUCAAGUUGAUAUAACACUUUACCUCAAAACAUUGUAGUCUUCAGCAACAUGUUAGUAGACAAAGAGGAUAUGAAAAAUACUG